AUGAGGGUCGCUUUGUUCAGCGUGCAGCCCUACGAGGCUGAUAACAUGCUUAAGCUCAACGAAGACUACAAGCAUGAGCUUGUGUACUUCAAGGAGGGCAUCUCGCUAAACAAUGUCUCUCUCGUGGUCGGGUUUCCCGCGGUGUCAGCGUUUGCCAACGACCAAGUCGACGCAACGAUUUUGAAAGCAUUAGCUGAGGGCGGCACCAAACUGCUGGCCUUGCGCUGCGCUGGCUAUGACCGGGUCGAUCUCAAGGCUGCCAAAGCAAACGGUAUUACCGUCAUGCGGGUGCCCGCCUAUUCACCCGAUGCAAUCUCCGAAUAUACCAUCGGGAUGCUCAUUUCCCUCGACAGACGAAUCCCGCAUGCCUGGGAAAGAGUGCGCGCAGGCAAUUUUGACUUGACCGGCUUCGUAGGCCACGGAAUCCACGGGAGGACAGUUGGAAUCGUCGGCACCGGGCGUAUUGGUGCCGGUGUGGCCCAGGUAUUCAAACAUGGCUUUCAAUGCGAGGUCCUCGCCCACGACCUUUACCCGAAGGCGAGCUUGCAAGAAGGUGGCGUUCGUUAUGUUGAGCUCAGAGAACUCCUUGAAAAAUCCGACAUUGUCUGCCUACACUGCCCCCUGACUAGUGCCACCCGACACCUCAUCAACACGGAAAGCCUAGGCUGGAUGAAGCAGACUGCCGUUCUCGUGAACACUGGUCGGGGAGCCUUGAUCAACUCAGCGGAUCUUCUUCAAGCGCUGCAGGGCGGUAGCAUCCGAGGCUGUGCCUUGGAUGUGAUCGAAGGGGAAGAGCACUAUUUCUUCCGCGGACCUGAUGCUGCCGACCGCACAGACGACGUCUUCAAGCAGCUAGUGGCGCUUCCCAACGUGAUUGUGACGGGCCACCAGGCGUUCCUAACACAGAAUGCGGUUGACUCGAUUGCGAAGACAACUCUGGAGAAUAUCCGGAAUUUCGAGGCUGACACGGCGAAGGAAAACGUGGUGUACGACAAAUACAACCAGUAG